CACCUACACACCUCUUCCUCUCAAGGACUCCUCCACCUCUUCGUCUCCCUAACAUCUACACCCAUCCUCCUCUACCCUACUACAUCAUCCAGUCAUGCCCCCACAUCACCGCCGCUAUUUGUGCCUGUCUACGAGAAUCAAGUCAACACUUACUCCUUUCAGCGGAGGUGCUCUGGCCGAGCAAGAUCACAGUCCUGCUCCGACCGGUACCCGGAAGAGGGAGCUGUCAGCGAUGACAGAGGAAACACCAGCGAAGCAACCUCCAACGAAGCGACCCAGAGUCAGCGAUGCAGUCUCCGACAGCGACAGCGACAUGCUCGGCGCCACGGCCACGGAGGGGGACACGUCGACGACGACUACAUCCUCGGGCGAGACAUUCACUUCCGUCAGUUCCGCCAGUUCUCCGUCCGGCGUCGCAGCCACCUUCGCCCGUUUCGAGAUCACUCCAGCCACGGCCACGGAGGGGGGCACGUCGACGGCGACCACAUCCUUGGGGGAGACGUCAUUCGCCUCCGCCAGCUCCGCCGGUUCUCCGUUUGCCGCCGCCGCCAAGUUCGCCCGUAUCGAGCUCACACCAGCCGCCGCCGCCGGGGACGAAUCCGCCACCCCGCUCUCCGAACUAUCUCAAAAGCCCAGCUUUGGCAGCAUGGGCAGCUUCGACGCCUGGCGCUCGCGCAUGUUCCAGCAGCUCGAGCAUGCUCUCCCGCCGAAAGUCUCGAUCGACUGGAACGAGGAUGCCAGCGAGCUGGCCGUCCGCGACCGCACCCUGCUCCCCGGAAGGGAUACCAUCGUCAUCGGCUUCAAGAAGCUGUACUCCGCGAACGUGAGAACGGUGCAGAAGGGCCCGUUGGUGCUGAGGAAGGGGUUCGGUCCCGGUGAUACCUGGUGGGGUAGGGCGGCGGAGAUGAGGAGCCUCGUGUUUGUGCACGUGGAUGAGUUUCCGGAGAGGAUGAUCAGCGCUUUGGGGAAGAGGAAGCGCCGCUAA